CCCGUUGCUGGCGCCAUGAUGCUUCACCGAUUGGGUUCGAUAACGCGCCGCCACAUUGCGAUCAGAGGGCGUCCGGGGACAGCUGGUGAAGGCGUUCGGAAGCGGCUAAAAGACUACGUCGAGGUUGCCAAAGUGAUCCGCACGCUUCAGGCGCCGCAUUCAGAUUACACAGUUGUGCCGAUGCGAUUCCAGGUCCCGAAUGAGGCGCCAUGGCCCGAGUCGAUCCAAGGCAAGCUCUUUCACACAUCAGAAGUUCGACGGCAUUACAAAGCCGGUACGAUGGAGCCUGAAGUCGUGGAUGCAUUGAACAAACUCCAGUUUGUCUGGGACGUGAACGAGCACAAGUGGGAACUCAAGGUAGCAGCAUUGCGGCGAUACAAAGAGCUGAACAACGGAUCGACGGUCGUGCCGUCGUCAUUCGUCGUGCCAGACCAAGACCCAGCCUGGCCCAAAGACACAUGGAACUUUCCGCUUGGUCAGUUUGUUCACCAGACGAUUCAGGAAAUUAACACAUCGAAGCGCAAGCGUCAUGUCCUCGAGACAAAUCCGACGCCGCGGCAGCAGCAAUUAACGGCGCUCGGGUUUGACUGGACGCAACCGUUGGACCACUGCAAGUAAAGUUCAAUCUACCGUUCAGGCAAUUGUAGUGCUGUGUUGUGGGGGAAGUCGACUUGAGUUCGAUGUCAGAUGUCCUUCGCCGCGCCAUUACCUGCAUCCUCUACGCACGAAAUUGUCGCUCAACAAGAAUGCGCGCAUGCGACCAAAACCACAACAGCAAGUGAUAUCAAACGAAACAUGUUGA